UUUGUUAGCUCUUACCCCUAUUUUGAAUGAAAUUUCGCAUUAAAACAAAUGAUCCUGGGUGUAUUGAUUAUUUUUCAAAUAUUGUUCAUAUGAUUGCUGGAUUAGCAAAAAAUGUUAUUUUACAUUUGAAUAAAAGUCAGUUGUCAUUUGUUAUUAAAGAAAGAUCAGUAUUUGGUGGCAUAACAGCAUGGUGUGAUUUAGAUCAUGCAAUAUUAUUUCCUGAACGUAUAUGUGAAGGCAUUUCACCGGAUCAAGAUGAAAUAUUCUUAGAAUUAAUUAUCGACCAUUUAAUGCAUUGUAUACGUCCAGCUACACAAUCUACCACUGGAUUGAAUCGUCACUCUAUGUACAAUACAAAUUUUACUACAUCUUAUUCAACAACAACAGGAAUGAAUAAUAAAUCACGUAUUGAAUCAAAUUGUUUAACUGGAAUGAUUAGUCAUGCCGAUCAUUCAGUGUGUCGAUUACUUGGUUUAAAAAUUAAAUUAGUUCGACGUAAAACACCAUGUUUAGCUAUUGAAUUAGAACAGUCAAGUGUUACUGGUCAUCCACGUUCUGUUUGGCAUUUUAUACCGGUUCAAGUGGUACCUCCACGUUUAUGGGAUGAAUUUAUUGAACCAGCAGAUCCAGAUUUUAAUGUGAGCAUAUUUUUCCCACCACUGAAAACAUUACGUCCAUUUAUUGAUCGUAUGAAAAAAUUUGCCAAAUUUGUUGUUAUCAGUGCAAAUGGUUCAGGUGAAUUAAAUUUGGCUGUUAAUGUUGAAACAUUAGCUUGUGUGAAAUUAACAUUUCGUGGUUUAAAAGCACGUAGUUGGAUGACAACAACAACAGCAACGAAUUCAGAAAUAAUAGAAGAUCCAAUUGAAAUCAAUGAUUCCAUUAUGGAAGAUGAAACACGUAGUACCAUUUGGGAUUCUAAUGAUAUUGUCGAUUUGGAUCAUUCCAAAUCAAUAGCGGCAAAUAAUGAAGAUCAUCCGAAUAAAAAAUUUGUAUCGAUUAGUUUAGAUUUACGACGUAUUAGUCAAUUAUUAUCAAGUCCAAGAAUAAUGCCAUCAUGUUUUGUUUGUAAUAUUAUUCAUGAGAAAUUAGCACAAUUUUUAAUGUUAUUUGAUAAUCAUAAAUUAAAGUUUAAUAUACCAGCAUCUAAUUUAUAAAUAAUAAUAAUUAAUUUACCUCUUUUGUACAAAUAACAUUUUUAUUCAUAAUUCCGUA